GGCCGCGGCCGGGGGCAGCGGGGAGCCAUGGGCUUAGCGGUGCCGGUGGGCUGAGUGGGGGCUUGCCAGCGGAGGCGAAGGCAGCCGGGAAAUACGCCUUUGCCUCGCAUCGAGGGGAAAAGGAGGUGGUGGGUUUUUUUUCAGGCUGCAUCACAACUUGAGCUGCAUCAAGCUUAGCCAGGCAGAGAGGGGAACGGGAGGGGAAGGAGAGGGAGGAGGAGACGGCUGCCACGGGGGGAUUUGGGCUCGUUUUAUUGAAACAAAUCAGUGCUCGGGAGAGAGCGGCGAGGAGGAGGGGGAGGAGAAGGAGGAGGAGGUGGGGGUGGGGGGGCAGGAAGAGGGGGAUCGAGAAAGAAAAGUGUGAAGGCUGUGGCUGGGAGAAGCAGAAGUGAUGAGAGAGCGAGCGGGGAGGCUGGAGGAGGCUGCCCGUCCUGCUGCUGCGCCCCGCGGGCACCGCCGCUCCUGCCGCCGCCGGGCGCCCCCGCGGCCGCCGCUGCCGCCCCGCCGCCCCCGGCCCGCGACAUGGAGGCGAUGAACGGCCCGGGGCCCGGCGACCCGGUGCGGCCACCGCCGCCUUCGUCCGGCCACCACCAUCCGCACGCCGAGAAGAAGCGGCUGCACCGCGCCCCGUCGCCCGCCAGACCCUUCCUCAAGGACCUCCACGCCCGCGCCGCCGCCGCCGCCGCCGCCAAGCCUCCGCCCGCGCCCCCCAAGUCCCCCGGCCUCCCCGGCCGGGCGCCCCCCUCGCCGCACCCGGGCGCCCACCCGCCAGCCGCGGGGCUCCUGGCCGCGCCGAGCCGCCUCUCCCGCCGCCCCGCCGCUCCGGGGGCCAAGGCCGUCGCUACCACCGGCAUCGCCGCCGGUAGGGCGGGGGCCAAGGCCGUCCCCUGCGCCAAGCGGGCGGCCCGUGGUCCGGAGCCGGGCCCCGGCAGCCGGGGCGGGGGGCGGCAGCCCGGCAGCGAGGCGGCCCCGCCGGCCGGCAAGGGCAGGAAGGGGAAGAGGGGCACCGCGGCGGGCAGCGGCCAUGCGGCGGCGGCGCUGGCCCGCGUCGGCCACACGGACAGCAGCUCCGACCUCUCCGACUGCCCCUCCGAGCCGCUCUCCGACGAGCACCGCCUGGCCCCGGCUGCCAGCAGCGACGCCGAGUCCGGCACCGGCUCCAGCGACCGGGAGCGGGAGCCGCCCGCCGCCCAGCCCGCCGCCGAGCCGAGCCGCGCCGGCCCCGGCCCCGGGCGCGGAGCCCCGCCGCUCCCCGGCCCCCGCGGGGAUCCGCUGCCCGCGCCUCCGGGCGGGGGGCGAGCCCUGAGCCGCGGGGAGCCGCCGGCGGCGGCCCCGGAGGAGCUGCAGCGGGAGGUGGAGGAGCUGCGCUCGGAGAACGAGUACCUCAAGGAUGAGCUGGAUGAACUUCGGGCUGAAAUGGAAGAAAUGCGUGACAGCUAUUUAGAGGAAGAUGUUUACCAGCUGCAGGAGCUCCGGCGAGAGCUGGACCGGGCAAACAAGAAUUGCCGCAUUCUGCAAUAUCGUCUCAGGAAAGCAGAACAGAAAAGCUUGAAAGUUGCACAAACAGGCCACGUGGAUGGAGAGCUCAUUAGGAGCCUGGAACAAGAUUUAAAGGUAGCCAAAGAUGUUUCUGUCAGACUGCACCAUGAGCUGGAGAGCGUGGAGGAGAAACGUGUGAAAGCAGAAGAUGAAAAUGAAAUCCUUCGGCAGCAAAUUAUUGAGGUGGAAGUAUCCAAGCAGACACUGCAAAAUGAGCUGGACAAGUUAAAAGAGAGUUCCCUGAAGAGAAGAGGCAGCAGAGAAACGCACAAAGAAAAAAAAGUGUUUACCCAGGAGGACAGCGCUGAUUUGAAGUGCCAGCUCCAGUUUGCCAAAGAGGAGGCAGCUCUGAUGCGUAAGAAGAUGGCCAAACUGGGGAGGGAGAAGGACGAACUGGAGCAGGAGCUCCAGAAGUACAAGUCCAUCUAUGGAGACGUGGACAGUCCUCUACCUACUGGGGAAGCAGGGGGCCCACCCAGCACCAGGGAGGCUGAGCUGAAGCUUCGUUUGAAGCUGGUGGAAGAGGAAGCCAACAUACUGGGCAGAAAAAUAGUGGAAUUGGAGGUGGAGAACAGGGGGAUUAAAGCUGAGAUGGAGGAUAUGAGGUGCCAAUAUGAAAAAGAGUGUCUCAGCAGGGACCAGAUUUCUAGCAUUCCUACCUCACCCUACGGUGACUCCGUGGAGUCAGCCACAGAGCUGCGCCGGCACCUGCAGUUUGUGGAAGAAGAAGCAGAACUGCUAAGGCGGUCGAUCUCUGAAAUUGAGGAUCACAACAAGCAGCUAACGAAUGAGCUGAACAAAUUCAAGUUUGAGCCAGGCCAGGAGCCAGGCUGGUUGGAUGACACGGCAUCGAAGUGUGGUGCCACCUUGCAAGAGGAGCUGAAGUCAGCCAGGCUGCAAAUCAAUGAGCUGAGCGGGAAAGUGAUGAAGCUCCAGUAUGAGAACAGGGUCUUGAUGUCCAAUGUCCAGCGUUACGAUCUGGCAUCUCACCUGGGCCUGCGCACUUCCAGCCCCAGAGACAGCGAUGCCGACAGUGAUGCUGGGAAGAAGGAGAGUGACAGUGAAGAGGGUCGCCCACCUCAGCCAAAGAGAGAGGGGCCCAUCGGGGGUGAGAGCGACUCUGAAGAAGUUUAUGAGAAGACGUCAGGUUUUGGGAGUGGGAAGCCAUCGGAAGUCAGCGACCUGUGCUCCACCGAGCUCAUGAGAGUGAAGGAAGACACUGAGUCUUUAAUUAACAUCAAACGUGAGGCCGAGCGGCUCGAAAGGACUGUGGACCGGCUUAUCACUGACACGGACAGCUUGAUUUAUGAUGCAAAGGUGCACAUAACCAGCAGCCCAUCCACUGAGCAGGAUUUCAAAAGCGGUGAGGAAAGGGGAGAAGAUAAGCAGGAGCCGGAGCUUCUGGACACCAUCAACUCCAGGAUGAAAGCUUUCCGGAAGGAGCUGCAGACCUUUCUGGAGAAGGUUGAUCACAUUGGAGAGGGCCUUAAGGAGCAGAUAGAGGACCUCUCCCCUCUUCCCCAUCUCACAGAGUCUUCCAGUUUUCUAUCCACAAUGACGUCCAUGUCUCGAGACUCUCCCAUUGGUAACCUGGGGAAGGAGUUAAUCACUGACUUCCAGUCCAAACUGAGGGAUCAGAUGGAGUGGCAGCUCAAACAAGAUCGUGGAGAGCAGCGAGAGAUUCACCACCAGCGAGCCACCACCGACCCACACCGCAGAGCUGAUGGAGACAUUAAACUCUACAGGCCAGGAGACAAGGGCUGUUUCAGUCUGGAGAAUGUAUCGAUACAGGAGCUUCAGGCUCAGCUUGAGCAGGAGACGAGACUUCACCAAGAGGAGCAAGAAAAGUUUGCAGAAAGGAUCAUGCAGCUGGAGGAGGAGCACAUGCAGACCCUACGGAGGAAAGACUUGGAAGUGCAGAGCUUGGCUUUGCAAAACAAACUGGAAGAGAAGACCUGGAGCCAGGAGAAAAACCUCAUGCAGCAAGAACUCAGGCAUUUCAAGCAGGACACCUUUCUCCUGUACGUCAAACUGAAGUGGCUGCUGAAACAUUGGCGGCAAGGCAAGCGAAUGGAGGAAGAAGGGGACGACAUGUUAGAGGUUCAUGCAAUUCUGAAACCAUUUGCUAAGGCAAUCGAGCACCCUGAGGCCCUCCCAGACUUUGGCAUUCAGUCUGAGCAGAAGGAGCGAGAUGCAGAGCAAGAGGAGGAGGAAGAGGAUGUUGUGUUUGCACUGACAGAUUUCUCCCAGCGUCCCACCACAGAGAGCACUGACCAUGGACCACAGCUGCAGACUGCAGAAUUACUGCAGCAGCAGAAGCAGGCAAGUGAAAACCGGAAGCUCCGGAGCGCUCUGAAGGGUUUGCUGGAUGACUUCCGCUCGGAGCUGCGGGACGAGGAGCGCGAGCGCCAGGGGCUGCAGCAGCAGUACGCCCUGCACAAGGCAGCCUGGGAGGUGGAAAUGACUCAGCUGAAGUGUCGCCUCCAACAGCUGGAAGGGAAGAAUGAGGACACCUCAGGAGAAACAAGCCUCACUUCUGAUGCAAAGGGAGCUUUUAAAAAGGAAAGAGAGGAGCACAAGAGGCUUCUGGCUGAGAGUCAUGGUGUGGUGAUGGACCUCCGCUGGCAAAUCCAGCACAAUGAGAAGAACUGGAACCGAGAAAAGGUGGAGCUCCUGGACAGGCUUGACAGAGACCGGCGAGAAUGGGAGCGUCAAAAGAAGGAGCUGCUCAGGCGGAUAGAACAGCUGCAGAAAGAAGUGAGCCCACGAAGAAGAGGUGGUUUUCUGUGUGACCAGAAGGAGAGUAACCCUCGUCCAUUUAUGACCCAGGGGAACCUUCACGUGCCUCGUCCAAUGGGGUCGAGAUCCUUCUCUGAUUCAGAUGCCAUUCAGUUUGAUGACCGGUCACUCUCUAAGCUGAGGGAGAGCGAUCGGUGCAGUGCCAAGGAAAACCUCUUCCUGGAGUCACUGUCUCUUGAUUCCCCUGAUGAUUCUGAUGAGCACCGGUCUCGGCAGCUGGAGCGGGACAAGUUCUUGACCGGAUUAGCAGAAGAGGAAGAAACACACAAAGGUAAUCUUCAAAGGGCCAUGUCCGUUUCUUCCAUGUCAGAAUUUCAGCGUCUGAUGGAUAUUUCUCCAUUUCUACCAGAAAAAAACUUGCCUUCAUCCAGCAGCAAAGAUGACAUAACCCCUCCCCUGUCUCCUGAUGAUCUGAAAUACAUCGAGGAGUUCAACAAAAAUUGGGACUACAGUAACACUAGGAACCAUGGUGGUGCCACCGAAAGGCCUGCAGAAGGCUGGGCAGAAAGGACAGAAAUUGGGAAAGCUGUGAGUGAUCCUGCUUCAGAUCCCUUCCAGGCAUCAUCAUGGUACCUCACCACCAGUGUCACUAUGACAACUAACACCAUGACCAGCCCAGAGCACUGCCAGAAGCAGCCAACGAGGAAUCACAGUGUAACUGAAAAAAUCGGAGUUCGGGUCUUUCACAGCCCACCAGUUGUCCGUAGGUUUGAUAACUCAGUGAUAGCCAGCAAUGAAGGUAAAAACCAGGUUGAGCCAGACUUCCUCUUUUCUGUGACCAAAGCUAUGGGUAAUGCUGCUGAGACAAAAGGUGCUUCCUCAGAUAUGUUUGGAAGAUGGUCUUGUGACCUGGCGAGACAUCAUAAGGAUUUUCUGGACAGUGGUCUUCAUCCCAUUGAACGUCCUAUUUGCACUACCGUGGGCUUUGCCUCACCCUUGCACAGCCUGGAGAUGUCCAAAAACAUGAGUGAUGAUAUGAAGGAGGUCGCUUUCUCGGUCCGAAAUGCCAUACGCUCUAACUCCAGUUCAGCAGAGCCUCAGUUCAAGGACACUGCGUGUCAAACCAAUGGUAUGAGAACGACAGGGACACAGACCACCCAGACCAUCAGUGUUGGGUUGCAGACGGAGACCCUGCGCAAUAUCACCAGCAGUCCGCACAAGUGUCUGACACCAAAGGGAGGGUCCACGCCUGUCUCCUCACCAUCCAGAAGCCUAAGAAGCAGGCAAGUGACCCCCGUCAUUGAAAAGGUCCAGGCUAAGUUUGAACGCACAUGCUGCUCCCCCAAAUAUGGCUCUCCAAAGCUGCAGAGAAAAAUCCUUCCCAAAUCAGACCAGCCAAGUAACCGGACUUUGCCUGGCACACCUCAGAAAGGAUUCAGUGAGUCUGCUUGGGCUAGAUCAACUACUACAAGGGAGAGUCCUGUCCACACCACCAUCAAUGAUGGCCUCUCCAGUUUGUUCAACAUUAUUGACCAUAGCCCCAUCUUUCACGAGACCUUCCAAAAAUGUCCCAGGUCUAGCAGCCGGUCCAGGUCAGCAGAACCCAGACCAGAACUGGUCCCAGUGCAGGAGCCAUGUCCAAAUGCCCGUGGCAGAUCACCUAGUCCUCUCCGAUUGGGGACAGAGACACAAAAGGAAGAAGGGACUGAGGUGACAAGCAUCAGGCAGGACUUGUCUGCUCCUCCAGGGUACACACUUGCUGAAAAUGCUGCCAGGAUCUUGAAUAAGAAACUUUUGGAGCAUGCCUUAAAGGAAGAGAGAAGGCUACCUUCACACAGCCCACCAAAUCUUAGCAAUGACAACAGCACAGGAGAAAUUGUCAAAGUAGAUCCAGGGUCCAUAGAGAACCAAACUGUCUUAUUAACUGCCCCCUGGGGACUCUAACCCUGCCUGCCUCACUGCUGUAAGUCCUUUCUACCUUGUUUCCAGAGCUUUCAGAAAGCAGUCGUUUUGAACGUGUGGGUUAACAGAGGGAAAUAAACAACCACAGUUCCAGAGGUACUGGCAUGCACCCAACACCCCUGCGGUGCCCUUCACAUGGAAUCAUCAGGAAGUGCUCAGGAUAGGAGCCCACCUGCUGCCUCCCACGGCAGCACGGGCUUCAGCCAAAACUUGUGCUGUUGGGCUUUUUUAUUCAACUGUUAAAAACUGGCAAAACUUAGGACCAACAUAAAGGGGUGCAAAAAUGUCAGGGAGGGAUUCAGAUUUAUAAAAGGCACCUUUUCCUUUUUUUUUUUUUGGCAAAUCCUCAGGGUUGUGUAGGGCUUCUGGCUGCCCCAGGGUGUGUGUCCUUUGGCCAUAGCUACAGCAGGAGGGGAAGAAGGCUGGGGAGGGGGCUCCAGCACCAGCCUGUGGCUGAGCAUCACCUUUGAUCAUUAGGCUGUUCCCAGCCCUGUUUUGGCUACUGGCUGGGGUUGCUGCAGCAGAGGGAGAAAAGAGGCUGUGAGCAUCCGCUCCACCUCAGAGCCAGAGAACUUUUUUGUGUGUUUUGGGGUUUCUUGUUGAUUUAUUAAUACAGGAAUAGCCACAGUAGCUGACAGCCUGGCUUAGGAAAUAGCUAGAAAAUAAAGCUGAAAUGAUCUUUCCCAUUUUCAAUGUCCAGGCUUAGAAGUGCUCCCUCUCCAGCCAUGCCCCCAAGCAACUAUCAAACUAAAUUGCCCACAGGCUAUUAAUUUUUUUUAAAACAUUUCUAGCUAUGCCAGUUAUAUGUGGUAGGUAAGCAGAGGAUUUCACAAACCGUUCCAGAUGGUUUCCUUGUCAUGGCUGGAAUUCCUUAGCCUAUGCUGAGGAAGCUGCAGGUGGGGGAGACUGACUCAGCAGCCAGCACAUCAUAAGAUUACACUGCCAGUCACUUGUUGACCCUGGAGCAACACCCAUGACCAGCACAGCCUUGCGUGGUGCUGGGCAUGUGUGCAUGACUGACAAGAUGAUCUUAGCCCUGCCAUUCAGUAAAAGCUGACCAACAUCUGCAGGCUUUUGAACUGGGAGACAGCAGUGGACAUACAUUUCCUUAUCCCCAUGCUGACGCUGAUUUGCUGCUAUGAAGGUAGGAUAAAGCAGCCAGAAGCAAGCAGCACUACACAGAUAGCAUUUUAAGCUGCUGUUUAGAGAGAGGCUGAGACAAAACCUGCAAAUCUCAUAGCCUCAGUACAUAAUGUUGUGCUGCCUGUGAGUGCUGCUGAGCGCGUGGAUUUUUCUUAACAAAUCUGACUCUAGUGGCAGCUUUCACAGGCCAUAUGUUGCCCCAGGCACACUGAGAUAAGGUGAAAUAAGGACAGAGUCAAUAUUCUUGUUAGCACCAAUCUACAGCUGUGCGACUGGAGAUGUGUCUCCCUGUUGGCUGUGUCUUGACAAAGGCACUGAGGUUCAGCCUUCACAGAGGCUUCCCCAAGUCUGGUGAUGCAUUCUCCCCAAAACACAUGCCUGCUCAAGCUCCAUUUCACAUACCUCAGCUUUGCGUCUUCAAAAUUGAUCUUUCUGUCAUGUAACAUUUAUGUUUGGUCUUCUCUGCAAUGGAGAGGUUCAACAGCAUAGCACCUUGUUUGUUCACUGCCAAUCACAUCAUGUUACCUCCUCCAGUGUUCCCCAUCCCUAGUCAUGUUUCUCCUUCUCCAUGUGAAAGGGUGGGCUGAAUCUUUUCCUUCCUACUGUAUUGUUCUUCCUUGUGCCUUACUGCCUUGUGCCAGAGCUUUUCCUUUGCAUUGUAUUGUUUCUGGUCUCUCUCUUCACUUAACACCAGUUUACAUUCUGAUUUUGAGACUGUUUUUUAUUGAACUCUCCUGUCCGCUCCAGUGACUGCUCCUCAAUGUGCACAUUUCUACAGGGUGACAAACUCAUCUGAUUGGCUUUUAUAAACUACAGACUAUGCAAUGAAAUUCAGAAGUUUGGCUUUGGCACUACGAGACAGACGCUCCUGCAAUCACUAGUCUUGAUGUAAGGAGCGUUCACAGGGAGGCAGGAAGCCUAGCUGUGCUAUGAGCAAAGUCCAUAAAUAUUAGAGGCAAUUACCAACCUAGUGCCAGCGUGAAAAAUCAUAACUGCAGAUUGUUUCUCAUCACAAAGGCAGGCUAACCAAGCCUGAACAGUGGAAGGUUGAUGAAGGAACAAAAUUUCCAUUUUUUUUCCAUUUCUGUGAAUGUUGACUGUCAUGCCCAGCACCAGUGAAUCCUGUAAUUCAGGCUUCAGCAGCUGGCAGCAACGAGUGAUGUUGCAGAAGAAGAAAUCUGUAGGUAAGCCUGAUCUUUAAUUCAGCUGGAGAUCAUAACUAGUCCUGCAGCCAUUGUUCUGCUGCUAAGAAGUCUUUCCUGCAUGUCAGUCUGAACUCUGAAGCAGACAAGAAGAGUCAGUGGUUGAUUUUCACCCCAUUUGCAAAUGCUGAACCGGGCUCUUUUAUGCUAGGUCAGCACUUAGCAACGUGAUGAAUAGUGGAUUUUCCUGAAUUAUCAUGUAAAUGUAUUUUUCAGCUAUUCUCUUUCUAUCACAAGGAGAAUUAGCAAAUGGAAGUUUGUCAUCUGCUCCAGCACAUCCCAGACCUCUUUCUUUCAUUCUCUCCCUACCUGUUCCAUAAAUCAUGGACAUACAUGCAGAUACCUGAAGCCCACACACGCCCAGAUGGUCGCUGCUUGCUUUUGUCCCGCGACGUGACAGAUGCUUAGCUUUAGUUUGAAUUUUGUGUUUCUUAAUUCUGUGCGCAUCCAAACAGCCUCUAAUGCAAGUCACUAACCGCUGUUCUGCUCUCUUGGCUGCCAAGGAACUACCUUGUUCUGCACUAGCCCCGUCCCUCCAACCCUGCUUCUCCCGGCCAGAGAGACCAGCGAACCG